UACUUCUGACUCAGAUCUUCAUGAUAAGUAGUAGCAGGAGCCCCAUGGCAUGCUCAUGAACUUUCUAAAUCCUUUGGAUUCAAAGUGAAUGUACAGACUUUGAGCCCCAGAAGGUAAAUAAGUGCUAUGUUCAGUGAAAUAUGAAAAAAUGGCCAAUCUCAGAGGUGAAGUGCUGAAUCUUUACAGAAAUCUGCUGUACCUUGGAAGGGAAUAUCCCAAAGGAGCAGACUACUUUAGAAGCCGUUUGAAGGCAGCUUUCCUAAAAAAUAAGGAUGUGAAGGAUCCAGAAAAAAUUAAGCAACUAAUUGCUCGUGGAGAAUUUGUUAUAAAAGAGCUGGAGGCCUUGUAUUAUCUCAGAAAGUAUAGGGCUAUGAAACAGCGGUACUAUGAGGGUGACAAUAGGAACAAGUGAGCUAUAAUAUUGUUGACCCUGCACUUGUGACGAUGCAGGUUAGCGGCUGGGAUGAAUUGAUAAAAAAAGAAUAGUUAUGUUAAAGGCAAUGAGAUAAAUAUGUCCAAGUUAGUGGCUACAUUACUACAUUUAGAGUGGCUAUUUUAAUUAUUUAAAUAUAAAGUUCUGUGGCAUGUAAAAAUGAUCUUAUAGUGAUAGCUCUGAGGGUUUGCUCAUCAUUCUAAUCUAGCCUAAAUUGAAGUUCAUGCACAAAAAUACUCCGACAGAAAAUAAUCUAAUUUGUUUCCUCGCAUUUUCUUCACUAAAUAAAUGGAUUUAAGACUGAAUGCAAAUCAAAUGUAUAUGAACAAAAAAAUGCUAUGUAGUAUGGGAAAAAAGCUAAGUGUUUAACAUUGACCCAAACUUAAUAUUUUCUUGUUUUUUGAGUUUAUUGUAAUCUUAGUUUUAAAAUCUUAUGAAUCGUUUCCUACUCACUACAAAUGAAAACCAUUUCAAAAGUGCAAUUAGUUUAAAAAAAAUAUUUUAGUGGCUGUGUCAUUUUGGUACGUUAGCGGAUACUCUUAGCCUCUCUCAACUGUAAAAAAAAAAAAAAUCACUGUGUAUGGAAGAUGAUUAUUUAGAGAAACAUUUGCUAAGUGUUCACACCCAGAAUGUGAUGUCCUCUAGUUCUAGUCUGCUGUGAAAAUUUAUAUUUUUUGUAAAGAUUCACUGUUUCAGUGCUGAAAAAUCAUGCUCUGUGCUCCUGGUGUAGCACUUAUAUCAUGGCCACUAUUCCGGAAAGGGUGCCAGCAUUGCUAAUAUAGACCUAUGCUUGAAUUCCAUUUAAGAUCACAAGAAGAGGAAGUAAAAUGAAACUUUUAAAAUUACAUUUAAGUGAACUACUGAAGUGGCGUUGCUGGUUUAGCCGCAUUAUUUAUAUAAUUGACUUAGAGGUUACUGAAACUGUAAUAUACCAUUUUGUCUGAGAUAAAUGAGGUCUUUUUCAUUUCUACUAUCCUAGUUUGAAAAUGUCCUUCUUCCACACAAAUCUUUAUAGCUGCACUGCCUUUUUAUUUAGUACAAGAAGAUUUACCCAGUGCUGCUCAUUUAUCUGAGGGUGGGGCUGGAGGUAAGGGGUUCAGUAUACAGGCUGCCCCGUAGAGAGGAGAACCCUACCCUCUCUCACCUCAGCAGCAUGGGGCCAGAUAAGAAGCACCUCUGCAUGGUUGCUGCAACUCCAGCCUGGUGAUGGGUGCAUGUUGCCUGUCUGGGACAGUUUCAGAUUUGUCUCCCCCUGCACUCCGCAGAGUGAAAAAUGCAGUGAACUGUGAACUUUCCCCUUGCACCCUGAGGAAAGGGAGCAGCCAGCAAUGUUCCCAUUCAAAUUGGCUACAGUACCCUCACGAUUAGUUGGUAAGGGACUGUGCUCUGUCCCGGCUCGCACCUG